GGAGCCAAUGGGAGGAGCAGUGGGCGGGGCCAUGCGGUACAGCUGAAGUCGGCGUGCGGGUUGGUCAGUGUGUCACAAACAUGGGAAGAAGAAGGAACACACUGGAGCUCUCCUGGUGCCUCGCCGUGCUGGCCUGCCUCGUCUCUGGAGGCGCGGCCAAAGGCUACUACGGCACUCGCAUCGGACGCCUGGAGCCCCUACACCACCAGGUCAAGGGUGAGGUGUACGCAGUGGACUCCCGCACCAUUCACAUCCGCGGCUUCUCCUACGAUGGCACUGCCCCGGACGCCUUUUUCUACGCCGGCUCGACCCAGACCCCUAGCAACGACGGCUUCAUCAUCCCCGACGAGAACGGAGGAGUCCAGCCGCUGGGGUUGUACAGGAACAAGGACGUGACCCUGACGUUGCCUGAGGGGAAGACCCUGAAGGACAUCAAGUGGAUCUCCAUCUGGUGCCGCGCCUACUCCAUUGACUUUGGCCACACGAUGGUCAGCAAGAAUCUGGACUACCCGCGCCCUCAGAAGAUCGACGCCCUGCCAACCUUCCAGCACGGCCUUAGCUCCGACCGCGUGGUGGUGGUGGACGCCCAGACCUUCCUCGUUCCUAACUUCAACUACGACGGACUGGGACCGGACGCCUACUUCUGGGUGGGCAAGGGGUCUCGUCCAGACAACAACGGCAUCGUGGUGCCUGACGAGAACGGGUCCGAGGAGCCUCUGAAGAAGUACUCAGGCAAGACCAUCGUCAUCACUCUGCCCGGUGAGCUGACAGUCUUCGAUGUCGACUACCUCGGUGUGUGGUGCCGCGCCUUCUCCGCCAACUUCGGCCACAUCCUACUCCCGUCCUCCCUCAACGUCCCGCCCUCCCUCAAAAUGCUCGGCGUGGCGCCCCAGACCAAGCUGAACUGUGAGGUGCUUUGGGACGACCUGGCGCUGGAGGUUCGCUGGGCCGUGGCCGGAGAGAGUAUCGUGAUGCAGUUGGUGGGCAGGAUCGAUGAUGGCCAGUACAUGUCAUUUGGAACGUCCGGGAAUCCCUCAAGGUCGGUGAUGGUGGGCGGCGAUGUGGUGGUGGCGUGGCUGGAUCAGGCUAGCGGCAGAGGUGAGGCGCAGGACUACCACCUGGGUGCCAAGGCUCAGUGCCAAGGGGGCCGUGGUUCCUGUCCCGAUUCUGAGAUCCAGGGCAGCCGCAACAAUGUCCGUCUCCUGAACGCUGCUCUCAUCAACGACUUCACAAUGCUGACCUUCCAACGCCCCCUCGCUGCCGCCGACCCCACAGACAUGCCCAUCCUCACCAAUGGUUCCCAGGCCGUAAUCUGGGCAGUGGGUCCUGUCAACUCCCAGGGCCACACCUCCUACCACUCCCUGCGCCUCAGAGGUAACAUGAUUGUGGACUUUGGGAGGACACCAGAGUGGAACUGCCCAGUGCCAGAGGAUACACCCCAGUCCAAGCCCCAGAGUGGCCCCAGCAAGCCGCCACCCGCCCCAGAGACUAACAACGCCUGGUACAUUCCGCCCAUCCCUUGCAACGAGCCUGAGGAUGGCGUCAUGUAUGCCCAGAUUGGUCCCACUGGCGGCGAUAGUGGCUACAACUCCAUCACAGGACACGUGGGCUGGGGCAUCGCCUGGUACAUCAAUGGCCUCCUCAUCCCGGAGAUCCAUGUGGUGCGCGGCAAGACCUACACUUUCGUGGUGGAGGGUGGCAACAACCCCGACAGACCCGAGCGUGACCACCCAUUCUACAUCACUGAUGACCCCGAGGGAGGCUAUGCAUUCAAGACACCUGCUGAACGGGAGCGGAUUCGAGUGUUUGCCGGUGUGGAGCAGGAUAGGGAAGGCAAGCCUGUGCCCACUGGCCUUGGUCGUCUCUGUGAGUGGGUGGAGGACCCGAACCAGCCAGCAGGAGCUUUCAACUCCUUUGGGGCCUACCAGCGCACACUGCAGCUUAACUGUGAGGAGGGCCAGCCUGGUGUGCUGCAGUGGACCCCUGAUGCCAACACCCCAGACACUGUGUACUACCAGUGUUUCACUCACCGUUACCUGGGCUGGAAGAUCCGCGUCUUGGACAGGUGUGAGUUUGAGGAGUUGGCUGCUGCAGGCUCUGACACAAACCCAGUGGUGGUGCCAAGCCCUGCUGCUUCAGGUACGCCUUCUAAUUAACCUGCCACCCUCCCAACUCCUCACACCAUCCUCCAGGGGCUUCCUACCAUUGCUUACCAUUUCCCUGCACCUCCCCCCAGCAUCCCUGCCCUGAGUCUCCCAUCACCACACACAUAUCAGGGUUCCUGUACCUCAGUUUAAUGAAUGGUGAAUCAAUAAAGGGCUUGAAAAGGGAUAGAUUUAACAGAGAUUUGGAAAUUGGGAGGAGGAAAUAAUUGGUGUAGUUUUCCAUAUACUCAAAGUUAUCAACAGACUGGGUAACUCUGUUCAUUUAUUCAUUUAAUUUCUCAUAUAGAACAUUAAAAAUAAAAAACCCAUUUGACUUCAUUACUUAAAUUUAUAUUGAUGACUUGUAUCAAAGACAAGGAAUUCCUUGUGAGGCUGGGAACAGGAGUCAGUAAUUCAAAGUCCAAUCUUGAUAGUAACUUGUGAACUGACUAGGUACUGAAACUAUGUGUUGCAUAACAUUCCCAUCUAUGAAUUUUUCAUGAAGUAAUUCUUCAGAUGUGCCUUAAGUUUUCUCACGCACUUUUCACCAGAAGGAAUCCAUCCUAAGAGUAGCACUCUGACUCCCUUAACUGUAACUCUACUCCCCACUACCUAAGUUUGCAGCCUCCAGGUACCUCACUAUCUCCUGUGACUGCUGUAAGUAAGGUUAAUCAUCUCAACCCACCCUGAGCUUCCUUAUAUAAAAUACAUUUAUAAAUAUUCUAGUGCAUUAGAUGUAUACUUAUGUAUCAGGAUGUCUGUGUAGGUCAGAUUUUCUCUCUCUCUCUCUCUCUCUCUCUCUCUCUCUCUCUCUCUCUCUCUCUCUCUCUCUCUCUCUCUCUCUCUCUCUCUCUCUCUCUCUCUCUCUCUCUCUCUCUCUCUCUCUCUCUCUCUCUCUCUCUCUCUCUCUCUCUCUCUCUCUCUCUCUCUCUCUCUCUCUCUCUCUCUCUCUCUCUCUCUCUUCCUCUCUCUCUCUCUCUCUCUCUCUCUCUCUCUCUCUCUCUCUCUCUCUCUCUCUCUCUCUCUCUCUCUCUCUCUCUCUCUCUCUCUCUCUCUCUCUCUCUCUCUCUCUCUCUCUCUCUCCACUUACUGAAAUGAUGUGCACAGUUCCCUUGCCUGUGUUCUGUGUGAAGGUGUGUAGGGCAGUGUGGGCUGGGCCAAAAGGUUCCUGGGCCAGCACCCUUGCCUUGGGUUGUGCUAAUGAUGCCAGUACAUGUUUGUUUGGAAUCUGAUUCUUAUGUUCAAGUAUUAUUUGUUAAAGAAUUUUCAACUUACUAACACAUACUUACCAGAUCCUCUCUAUCUGUGUAUAGUCAUUUAUUAUUUUAAGUUUUCUUUUGUUGUGUGGGGUCUGUAUCACCCUAACAAUAUUGAACAGUGUCUUCAUGCUGUCUGUCCUCCAUAUAUGUCAGCCUAGUUAAAAGUUACCUGUUCUUUAAUAUAGUUUACAUAUUAAUGUGUGAUAUACAUAUCUGUUCUUCUAAUGAAUGUUGAAUGUGUGUGUGUGUGUGUGUGUGUGUGUGUGUGUGCGUGCGCGUUUCUCUUUACUGGGUGAUGGCCAAGUGUUUAAUGGUGGUAAGAAAUGUCCCCAGUGUGGGUUUGUUCAACCUUCACAA